AUGUUCUCGGGCUUAGUCGAUACAGGUGCAGACAGGAGUAUUAUAAAACUAGACUCCUGGCCAAAGUCUUGGCCCCUUCAAAGAUCCUCUCAGACCCUUCAAGGUUUGGGGUAUGCAGAGACACCCCAGAUGAGUGCAAAAGAACUAACAUGGUAUACUGAUGAGGGGCAAAAGGGAAGAAUACAGCCUUUUGUAUUAGCGGUCCCUAUCAAUUUGUGGGGAAGGGAUGUUCAAUCCCAGUUGCGCCUCCGCUUGACUAAUGACUAUUCGGAGGCUAGUAAAAAUAUGAUGAAAAUACAAGGCUUUGUCCCAGAACAGGGACUAGGAAAGUUCCUUCAGGGGUGCCCCGAUCCAAUUAUUCCCAAAGAAAAAUUAGACCGUAAUGGAUUGGGUUUUUCUUAG